AUGAUUUUAAUUAUAAGAGUAAUAAUUAAAAUAAAUAUAGAUGGAUUAGCAAGAAUCAGCAAGAUCGAUAAACAUAAGUUUAAGAUGAAAUUAUUAUUAGCUUAGAUUCAUCAAGAUAUUCUGAUAAAUUUUAACCAUAAUUAAUACAGAUUAAUUAGAAGCCAAUAUAGAAAUAUAAGGAGGAUAGUCAAGAAUUUAGCCCUAUAUAUGAGAAAUCGUAUGAAGAUGUUGUACAAGAGAAAUAGUAGAGAUAAAAUAGGGGAAAUGUAAAAAAAUCUUUAAAUUACCAUGUAUGAGAAAUUUAAAUUAAUUUAAGUCAACUUCAAUAAAUCCAUCAGAUAAAAUAUAUAAUAUAAGAGGUAAUAAAAUAAUGUAGUUGAUAAAAUAAAAAAAUUUUUUAUUGAAAUUCAAAGAGAAAUUAUUUCAAUUGGGACAUGUAUUUCCUAGGAACCCAAAUGAGAAGCUUUGUCAUUUUUUAAAUGAAUAAUAUAUUCAUUAAAAUCAUCAUCAUAGUAAAGUAAACUAAUAAGAACAAAAAUUUGAGUAGGGUUUGAUAGAGUAAUAUUAAAGUGUAGAAAAUGUUUAAUAAGGAAUAAAAAUACCAUUAAUAAAUCCAACUGGAAAGUUUUAUCUACUUUGGUAAUUAUUGAGAUUAAUUUAAAUAAUGUUUUUAUUAUGGUGGGUUCCUUUCAAAAUAUCUUUUGAUCCUCCUAAAACAAUAACAAUGUAAAAUAUUGAAUAGAUGUUAAUUUAUUUAUUUGGAGGUGAUUUAGUAAUAAAAUUGAAUAAAGGAAUGAUAGAUUAAGGGUAAAUUGUUUAUGAUAGACUCAGAAUAUUAAAACAUUAUGUUAUUUAUGAAUUAUAUGAAGAUGCAAUUUAUUUAAUAACAUUAACACUUGUAAUAGGAGGAGAUCCAAUAGCAAUAUCAUUUUUUCCUGAAAUUAUAGUUUUAAUUUAAUUCACAUUUAAUUUUAUUAAAUUAAAAAAAACUAUAAAUAGAUAUGGAGAGAUGUUUGCAAUCUAAUCAACAUUUACAGAAUUGGUUAGUCUUUCUUAAUUAAUAAUAUUAAUAUUCUAUUUUGCUCAUUUUAUGGCUUGUAUUUGGUAUUAUGUUGGAAAUAUUAGCUAAGAAUCAUUUUCAAAUUCUUGGAUUUAGUAAUAACGUUUAGAAAAUUCCCCAUUAUUUCAUAAAUAUGGUUAUUCAUAUUAUUGGGCUACAGCUACUAUGGUUACAGUAGGAUAUGGUGAUGUAAUUCCAUAAAAUAUUUAUGAAGUUAUUUGUGCGAUUAUUAUGAUAUUUUUUGCAAGUGUUGUUUUUGCAUUCUCUAUUAAUGCUAUUGGAGUCAUUUUUUCAAAUAUUGAUUUAUAAAAGCAAUAUUACAAAAGAAAUCUUGUGUUAAUUAAUUAAUAUAUGAAUUCAAAUGAAGUAUCUUUACAAUUAUAAAGUAGAGUUCGAAACUAUUUAAAAUACUAUUAUGAAUAAUAAGUUAAAGGUAACAAUACUGAAAUUAAUUCGAUUAUCGAAAAGUUAUCUUUUAAUUUAAAAUAAGAAUUAUUAGAAGAUGUUUAAAUUAGAGCUGUUACAUGUGUAGAGUUCUUUAUUAAAAACUUUUAAUCAUCUACAAUACAUGAAAUUGCUUGUAGAAUGAAUAUUUAACAAUUCACUCCAAGAGAAAUUAUAUUCUAAUAAAAUUCUAUUGAUGAACAUUCUAUUUAUAUUAUCCAAAAAGGAGAAGUUUAAUUAAUUGAUGAUAAAUCAGGCAAAAUUAUUUAAAAACUUAUUAAAGGUUAAUGUUUUGGAGAAAUCUAAUUUUUAACUACUUAAAAAAGGUAAUACAAAGCUAUAAGUACAACAUUUAGUUCCAUUUAUAGAAUUACAAGAGAAACAUUUUUAGAAAUUAUAUAAGAAAAUUCUAUUGAUUUUGAAAAAUAUUGUGAAAUGAGAGAUAAAAUGAUAUUUCAAUAUGAAGACCUUCCAGUUAAAUGUUUUGGUUGUGAUGAAGAUCAUUUAUUUAGAAAUUGUCAUUAUAUAACUUAUAGACCUGAAAAAGAAUCGUUAAUUAAAAGAUAAUUAUAUCAUUCUAAAUAAUAAAGAUCUUAAUAUCAAAGAAAAAAAUUUAGAUAUCAAAGAAUAUUCAAUUAAAAUGAAGAACAUGAACCACAAAGAAAUUCAAAUAAAUUAAUUGAACAUGAGUCUUCAAUUAUCUCAUAAGAAUCGGUUAAUAAAUAAUAUUCGAGUUUAACUGGCAGUGAAAAUUAAAAUAAUACAAAUAAUAACGAAGAAGUUGCAUAAUAAAUAAAAAAAAGGAUUUCAUUGUGGAUUACUAAUCCAGAUCAUUCUUAAAUAGAUUAAUAAAGUAUUUUAAAUUCGUUAAACUAGAGUCUUUAUAAAAAUCUAAUAGACAUAAUAGUGAUACUCCAACUCAUAAACCAACAAGAAAGUCAUUAUUUAAUUCAUCUUAGGAUCAUUAUUCUAAAAGACAUAUGAGUAAUUAAUUGCUUUAAGUUAAUGAAUAACAACAAUUAAUGAGUUCUUCAAAUAAUUCUUAGACUAAAACAAACAAUAAAUAAUAUUUUAAGUAAUUAGAGAAUUUAUAAUCUUACCAUACAUACAAUUUUGAAUUAGAUAGAAUGGAAAGUUUUUAAAUUUAUUUUCCACAAAAUAAUAUCUAAAAUGUUAUAAAUACAUUUUAAAAGUAAUAAAAACAAUCCAAAAUUUAAAAAAUUUAAUUAACUAGCAAUAAAUAUAGAUUUAUUUAUGUAUAAAAAAUACCAAUAUAAUCAAUCCAUAAAAAAACGAUUCUCUAAAUAAAUAGUUAAUCUUGA